CCAUAGAUCUGGUUGAGAAUCAAGGUUAUCUUGUCUCGAAAGACCUGAGGGAGAGAGCAAAGAGUAAUAACUAUUACUCUUUGGGAGAGAGACACAGAGUGAGAGAGAAACAAAAAUCAACAAUAAUUAACUUCAUCAGUUGAAUUUAUUUUUUCCUACUACUUAAUUAAGUACAAUUUCAUUACGAUCAUGUUAAUUUUUCUUUUAGUUUUUUGUGUUUUCAGCUUAUUACCAAUCAAUGUCAGUGGGUAUCACCAUCCGCAUCGGUAUUACAAUAAAACACAUGAAGGUAAACUGACCGUUACUAUCCCCUGGUCAACUGUCAUUGGUAAACAAGAGCGGAUUCUUGGUAGACCGAUUGGUGUUUUUCUUGGUAUUCCUUACGCUAAACCACCGGUGGGUCAACUUAGAUUCAUCAAACCAGUUCCUCUGGAUCCUCAUGAUGGUGAAUAUAAUGCCACAUUCUUCCGACCGCCUUGUCCCCAGCCCCCAAAUGUGAACACGAACUAUCCCGAAACAAGUGAAAAUUGUUUGUAUCUGAAUGUCUGGACACCGGUCAUUAGCUCAUCUUUAGCCUCGAACCAUAUUGAAAGUUCAUCUCUUAAACCAGUCAUAAUAUACAUCUAUGGAGGUGGUUUUAAUAAAGGUUCAGUUCAUGAAAAGCGACAUCAAGGUGACAUAUUGUCCUCUUUAAGUGACACCGUUGUUGUAACGGUUAAUCAUCGGCUCAGUAUUUUUGGAUUUGGUUAUAGUGGAACUGAAUCAAUUCCUGGUAACAUAGGAAUCUAUGAUUUAAUACAAUCCCUUGAAUGGGUUAAUCAAAAUAUUGAACAUUUUGGUGGGAAUCCUAAAGCAGUUACUAUUUUUGGCGCUUGUUCUGGUGCUAUGGCUGCAUCGGCAUUCAUUUUAUCACCAAUCGUGGAUGCAAAGUUAAUCGAUAAAGUUUAUUUAGCUUCAUCAGUGAUUAGUCCUCAUUCGGCGAUCAGAACACAAGAGGAAACUUUUAACUUGACUCGAACAGUGGCGGAAAUUGUCGGUUGCGGUAACGCUGAUGAUCCAGAGGCCACUAAACUUACCGAUCAACAGGUUGACUGUAUGAGAGGCAUCGAUGCUCAGGUUCUAAUGAAUGCUUCGUUUAGCGACCCAGUUAUGAAUCAAUUGUCGUACAAAGAAACACCGCCUUUCGUAAUGAUUUAUAAUACUACACUUCUUCCGAUUCCCCCCGAUCAGUUGGUUCUUGAAAAAUACCCUCGACGUCGAGUUCCAAUUCUCUUUGGUAACGAACAAAACGAAGACGAAAUUUUCACAAAACUUUGGCCUGCGUCAAUAGAAGAAGCUAAAAAAAUGCUAAAUUACAUGAUCAUGAGAACUUAUCCUAAUACAACAGAGGAACAAGUAGAAACAGUUUUCAAAUAUUAUUUCGAUAAAGUUGAAGAUUAUAACGUCAUGGAGAUUAAAGGAGCACUUUCAUUAGCUGCGGGCGAUUAUCUUCACCAUUGUCCAUUGUUACUUUACACCGAAUCUUGGACUAAGAACGGACAAAUAACUCAUGGUUACUUAGAUGCUUAUGUAAUGGAUGGUUUCAAUAAGAGCGAAAGGCUUUUCGGUACCAAACAUGGUGACGCCGCUUAUCAAAUUCUAGGAAAAGCUUAUCAUGAGUACGAUACUUUCAGUGAUCGCGAUCGACGAGUAACAAGACAAAUGAUCAAAUUUAUAAAGAGUUUUGCUUAUGGUCAAAGAUUAAAUUGGCCUCCGAUGUUAACUGAUUCGUCGAAAUCUGUUCUACCUCUUAAAUGGAGAUUAACGAAAACAAUGGAUACAAAAAACAUUUAUUCGGACCCGAAAGACGAUAUUUGUCAUUUGUGGGGGGAAAUUCGACAAUUGGUUGUUGGUUAAAAUCGAAAGUAGAAAAAAUGAAAAGUUUCUUUUUUGAAAAUGCUCUAAUUUAAAAUGAAAUUAAAUUUGCAAUAAAAGACAAUUUAAUAUACUCGUUAAUAAA